AUGCCUUCCCCGGAUCUGCCCGCUACGGACACUUCAGAAAUAGUGUCGCCAUCCGAGGAGAAUCCUACGGAUACGCGCAGGCUCGGGCUGAAGUUCCUCCUUCAAACACUUGCACUCUCCUUGACCUUAUCCAACUGCAUGGCAUGCUCAGUGGCCUGCGGCUACGCGGCAGCACACUUCCUGCUCCGGGUCACCAGCCCUCCGUGGCUCGACCCCUCCGGGGUGUUCAAGUCCGCGUCGCUCCUGGGCACCGCCUUCACAACGAGACACGGCGGUUGGCUCAUCUACAUCCCCCGCGGGCUCAUCGCACCCUUCGUUCCGCUCGCAUCCGCUAGCGAGCACAAGCCCUCCCCUGCCGGAUCUGACGAACGCACCGCGGAGGUCAGGCGGUGGUGGGCGCGCGUCACUGCCCCGGUUCCCCCGUGUGUCGUGCGCGUCUUUGACCUUGGGCUGAUCAUGGCAGCAGGUCCGCUUGGAGCCUUGUUGCAGGAUGGGAGAGAUGUGUAUGGUGAGGUGGGUUUGGACCCUUGGCAUGCUACCAAAGCAAGUGUGGUAGUGUGCGUGCUCGCCAUGGCCACGUCGGAGGCCGGUGGGUGGAUGCUGAGGUGCCGCUCGAAGAGAUGCACUACGGGUGUUACGGACCAGAAGAAUCGGGAGACUGAGCAGAUGGAGAAGGGGCUCGAGCACGAUGACUCACCUAAGCGACUGGAGCCUUAA